UCAAGAUUUGUUGCUGUUUAUUUUUUUUCGAAAUUAAAAAAUGAAGCAAUGUGCAAUUGUUGUAUCAAUAUUCCUUUCAAUUCUCUUCUCAUUGACUUCCACGUGUCAACAGCAUUCCACGUUUGUGUUGACCUACUCUGAAGAUAAACGAGCUUUUCAUUCAAGGCUCUUUCAUGUUUUUUAUGAGCCAGAUUUUAAGUCGGUGGCUGAAAUGAUAAAAUGUCAACUAUCGGGUACUGUAAAGGAUGUAACUUUGGAGGAAAUUCAAGGAAAGCGGGAGCUCUCAUCAAUUUGUAAAAUGGAAGCUUAUACAUCAAAAAUUGAGGAUAAAACGAAACAGAGAAACUAUAUGGCUACUAUUACAAGGCAAUUGAAGUUUUCCGAGGCUCUGACACGAUGUGACGCGUUGAAUCAGCUUAAUCUAAUCAAAACCCCGAUGAAUCAAUGGGCGGUACUUAUUCGAGGACACGCCACUGAUAUUAUUCUUCCCUUGAAAUCUGAAAAAGGCGGUUUUAAAAAAUCUUCGUUAGAUUUUGCCUUGAAUUCGCUGUUUUUUGCUUCAGCUUAUGGUUUUGGAGAUUCUACUUUCAAAUCUCUUGGCGGAGAAACUGGUGUUCGAGAGAAGCUCUUGUUCAUCACUGUCAUCGUCUACGUCGUGGUGGUUUUUGUGGCAGUUGUUGCACUGGUUAUUCUCGUGGUUUUGUUCUUUAUUCGAAGAAAAGCCAAUAUCAGAAAACGGGAGAGUGAGAAGAGCAAGCUGUUGCGAAAUCCGGCGAACAACACAGACAAUGAUGCCCCUGUGGAAAUUGUUUACGAUAGCACUUCUGAUAUUAAAUCUUAAUUUUUGAAAUAAAUUUACAUUUUU